CACCUUUUUCCUCAUUCAGGCUCGACUCCCUCUCAUAAAAGGAUCGCUUGGAGUGGUGGUAGUAGUCGUGUGCCUGUUAAAUCAGCCAUCAUCAUGGCAAGCGAUCCAACCCUCCAAGAUCCCCUUCUUGCUCUUCGCCGCGCCAUUGCCGCGGGUAGUCUUCCCACGCCGACGACCUCCUCCGACCCCUCAGACCAGAAUGCCACCGACGACUUAGCUAGAGCCACAUACCUUUUCUUUCAGAAUCCCUCGCCACAGACUAUCCCGCUGAAUACAUCGACACGUUUCUUCUCGACCGCUUCCGACUCCGCUGUCGACCUGCGGAGUAUCUUCUUCGCUUGGCAGAAGAAAGAUGUCGCGAUUCCUGACUACAUCGCCUCCGCGCAGGAAUUGAAUGAAUCGCUAAAGCAGAAGGAGCGUAAGGAAGGAGAAGAGGAAGAGAAAGUGCAAAACCUGGUUUUCGUCGAGCGCUUAGACCUCAUCACCUGGCUCGAAGGCGCCUCGGAUGAAAGCGAAUAUAUUAAACCCUUAGAGGGUGCUGCUGCUGCUGCCGCCUCCGCGGCAGAUCAAGCUCAAGCCUCAGCCAACAUUGCUUCUGGUGCUGCUGGAGGUGUUUCCGCAAUUCCAAGCGGUGCACCUGGUGCCGCCGUGCCCGCUGGCGGGGCUCAGCAAGGAAAGGCUACGAAGGUCGUUGAUCCCAGGUUACAGGAAAUCUACAACGGCGAGCGCAAGACGGGUGAUCGGAAUAGCGUUUUACGGGGAAUCAAACCAACGGACUUCUCUCAUGUUCGCAAAACAGCGGAAGCGUUCCUUGGUCGUAACCGCUCACGAACAGGCCAAUACCCCCCGGGCGCAAAGCCUGGAAGCAAGCCGCAGUCUAUAGUACCGGCGCCAUCUGCCGGUCUUCCCCAGCCCCGUAAAGGCAGCUCCAAAACGCAGGAUCCGAUCAUUCUACUUUCACCAUCAGCAUCGUCUCUCAUCCGCAUGUCAAAUGUACGGUCGUUCCUUCAAGACGGUGUCUUUGUGCCUCCCGACCACCCCACCCUCUCCAUGCCCAGUUCCAACAUUUUGUACAUCAACCGCCCGUUGCGCAUACUUUCUGAUUCAUCCAAUCCAACAUCCCGAGCUAUCGGCUCUCAGGGUACAACCAGAAAACCAACCCGGUUCAUCCUUGUCGACAGCACAGCCAAUUUCAGACCAGACUACUGGAACAGACUCGUUGCUGUCUUCACCACCGGCCAAACCUGGCAGUUCAAGUCCUACAAGUGGUCCUCUCCUCCAGAACUAUUUAAGCAUGCUUCCGGCAUCCACGUCGGCUGGCGUGGCGAAGAGGUUCCGCGCGAAGUCCGCGGAUGGGGCCGUGGAGUCCAAAGCUUUUCCGUCGAGCGAUGGGAUGAAAAAGGCGGCGUCCAUGGCGCAGGCCGGUGGCGAGAUCGGGAGGUAGUUGAGGGCAUUUGGACUGCGAUCGAAGAGGGUAUGAAGCUAAGAGGCUGGGGAUCCAAAUAAUCUCCUUUUCUCAACCCAAUGUUCACUUCAUGAACAAAUUCCCGCCGCGUUCACACGUCUUUGCGUUUCCAUCGCCUUCAUCCCAAUUUCAUCUCCGAUGGCUCGCUCAAGGCUGGAUUGACCCAAUUA